CUCUGGUUAGUACUGCUACCUUGGGGAUAGUUGUUAAGCUUAAUAUAAAUAAUCAUAGAUUUAACUUCAUUUUGAUUUGGUCAAGUUGACUGUGUUUAUGUUAUUUUUUAAUGUUUUAUUUGUGUCAAGAACUCUUGUUUGGUUGAGAAAGAACGUGUAAUUUAAUUCUUUUAUUCAGAAUAAAAUCACGUAUAAAACAAUCUUAGAAAUUAAAUUACAAGAUUCCAAUAAACAAGAAGAUGAACCAGAUUUUCGUUCAAGUUGUGAAGAAAGGUGACAAGGAUUUUACGAUCCAGAAUAUUUCUACGGAUAAAAAAAUUUGGUAUUUAUUACCAAAUGAACACAAGGACCUAAAACUCCACACAGUGUUGUCAAAACUAUAGCUAUUAAAAUGGAUGACGAAAUUCGCAACACAUAUUUUGAUGACUCGAAUAAUGUGUGUUUCAAAGAAUUACCCUUAGAAGAAUAUGUUCCUUUAGCUCCGACGGGGUCUCGGGUUGUUGAACCUUCACAACUAGAAUUAGAAGAUCGAAUUAAACGUUUAGAGCGUCAGCUAAAAUUGAACGCUACUCCUGAUGGCAUAGAAUUGCAACAAAUCGAAAAAAAAUUUGUAUUAGAAAAAUUCGAUAGGAAACAAAACAACCCCACAGAGUGGUUGCAUAGAUUUGAAGAAGAGUGUAACCGAAACCAGAUAAUCACGGAUAGUCUUAAGAUUCAGGCUUUAAAUUUUUAUUUAAUUGGACCAGCAAAAGACUGGUAUGAUACUAUUAUAAGGAAAAUAGGGCUAUUUGCUUCUUGGACAAGUUGGAAGGAUUCUUUUUUAAAUGUUUUUGUUGAUAAGGGUUGGUCCAUCGUUAAAAAGGCUUUUAAUUUUAAAUUUUUAGGCGGGUCUUUAGUUGACUAUGCGCUGGCAAAGGAAAAGCUAUGUCUUGACGUUGAACCUAACGGCAGCGAAAUAUCUCGCAUUAACCUAAUAGUAGUUGGUUUACCUAGUGAGGCUCAAGAGAAGCUUGAUAGGGAACUGAUUACCUCACUCGAUGAACUCUAUACAGAACUCCGAAAAUUGGAAGGCACAUUCCAGAGAAAAAAAACAGAGAACCCUUCCAGACCAAGGUUGAACGAUACGCAUACAGCUAUGUUGAACAAAAGACUUGAGUCCCAGCCGAAAAAUGAAUCCCAACGGAAACCAUGUUCGUUUUGUGCUUCUCUUGGUUUUAAAAAUCGAUACCAUUCGGUAGCUGAAUGCCGUACCAAGCAGUCCACUAACGAAAAACUAAAAACAAAUAUGAUAGAAAAUUCUCCCGACGUGGAAAUACUAAAAAUUGAUCUUGAUAAAAAUUUAAACUAAGUGACCGGGCAAAAUUAAAUCCGUUGAUAAAAUUGAACGUUGUUCUUAACGACGAUUUAAAGGUCAGAGCUAUAUACGAUUCUGGCUCAAACGUUACGCUUAUUAACCAACGAAUUGCUGAUUUGCUAAAGUUGAGAUUGAUAGAAAAUAAGAGUUUAUUAAAAACUAUCAACGGAUGUAAUUUUACUUCAGCCCGGGCUAUAAUAAAACUUCGCAUUGGACACAUUACUGACUACUUAACAACUUAUGUUGUGAAAAACGAUAAUUUCUCAUAUGAUCUGUUACUAGGUAUUGAUGCUAUUAAGACAUUUAAAUUAAUUCAAAAUGAAAAUUUGGAAAUUUUCCAACGCACUAAUAGCAAACAAACCCUUGAUUUUCAGGAAGACCGAGCCCCUAGUGCUCAGACAAUUUCUGCUGAACAAUCAAACUGUAAAUAUUUUUCUCGAUCAAGUUAUGAUCAGAGUUUCAAUUAUGAUGACGUUUUUAAUGAUUAUGUUGAUGUUAAUUUCAAUGAAAAUUUGAAUGUAGGUGAUUUUAAAGCUGAAUUAGACCACAUUGAUGACAAUGGGCACAAACAAAUGAUUUUGCAUCUUAUUCACAAAUAUAGACAUAUGUUUGCCCAGGAUAAAUUUGAUAUUGGGAAAGUUCGAUCGAAGGAAGCUGAGAUCAAACUGUUAAGAGAUGAAUACGUCACCUCUCGUCCAUAUAAGUGUUCAAUUCCGGACGACAAAGAAAUUAGAACUCAGAUAAAAGCACUCUUGCAAGCCGGAAUCAUUGAAGAGUCAGAUUCUCCA